AUGGAUGGCGUCAAGGUCUACGGCAACUACUUCUACGCCAAAGUGGAUGCAAUUGGCAAGGUUCUGCAGAGUAGUGAUCGCCGCCGCCCCGCAGCCGACGCCCCGCCGACGCCGACGCCCCGCCGACGGACGCCCCGCAGCCGACGCCGCCGCCCCUCCCCCCGUCGCGAGUCGCCGCCCCGUCGGCCCGUCGCGGGGACUCACGGUCCCGACCUCUCCGUCGCCGCCGCGACUCGCCGCCCGUCGGCCCGCCUGCCUUCAGAGGGUUCAUUGGUGCCCACCUCGCUGUUUCUUGCUUUCCUGCAAUGGGGAGGGAGGACCCACUUCGUUCUCGCCCUUCUCCAGCAAAUCCCUGAGGCCUUUGAUGAGGCUAUAUCAGAGCUGGACAGCCUGGGUCUGACAAGACUUGCUGCAUCUAGUACUAUUUUGCUGAAAUUGAGUGGUCUUGUUCAUGUUUGGCUGAAGUACCUGUUUAUCGUGAUGGUUUGCUUCAUUUCCUCGGGCAGUCUCAAAACGGCCUAUUUGCGGUUCUUCGGAACGUUGGAGCCGCCUAAUCCGAUUGGGAGUAGUUAAUUUAAAAAUAAUGCAUGCAAAAAAAAUGAUGUAUGCAAAAAAAUGAUACAACA